AUGGCAAUGUUAACUAUAUUUAUUCCUAAAUGUGGUUAUAUUCCAUGUACUCCUUGUCAUACAAUAUAUUUACAAUAUAUGCUUAUACGGUUAACAAUUAGUUUUAUCAUACCUGAAUUAAUUAUGUUUAGUUCAAUAAUUAUACCUGUAAUACAUCUAUAUAGACAAAGAAUUAAUUUAAAUCAUUCUAGAGAUGGAAAUAUAUUUUAUCGAAUAUUUAUACGAAUGGCAUUAUAUAUUAUUUGGUCCUGUUUAUAUUAUUAUCCAUCAACAUUUUAUAAUUGA